AUGGCUCGAUUCGCGGUUUUACACCUUCUCCUGCUUCUGUCAGCAGGAUUAACUCGUGCUUCACCUCCGGCGCAAACAACUAUCUCUCAAGAAGCGGAUACCCCUCAUUAUGCAGUUCACCAUACUGUAGUUUCGGCCAGUUCCUUGUCGAAAAGUCUGAACUUCUAUGUGGAUGGACUCGGGCUCAACAUCAUAAAAAACUACACAUUUCAAGGGGAUCUGACAACUCUUUUUGGAACUAAAACCUCUGUUCUACCCGGUUACUUUCUCGGCGAUACGACGUCUAUUUACAACGGAACUGACGGCGUUAUCUACCUCGUCGAGUUUCCAGAUUCCAAGAAAAUUCCUACGGUCGAUUCAGAUCCUCCAAACACGGGUUUGUUCCUGACAUCUUUCUGGAUGGGCGACAAGAUCAAUGCCACCUUGGAACGUUUAGAAAGGUUGGGUAUGGGAGGGAAACCUCACAUCGCAACAUUCAGUUUUGGCUCGGAACCUCUGGCGACCUAUGCCACGGUGAGAGAUCCUGAUGGGGCACGAGUGUUACUUGUCAGCCGACCGUACAUCAAUUCCGUCGGUAAACAGCUUCCUUGA